GCAGGGGGAUCCAGCAGGCGCCUUGCUCAGCGGGGGAGGGGAUGACGGUUCCAGGGGACACCCGAGAAAGGAAGUUCCGGGACCCUCCCUGCUCUCGGCCCACCUCCGCUUCCUGCCUGGCGCCUCACCUUGUCCCCUGCACCUGACUACCCCCUAACUGGUUGGAAAAUGUGACCUUUACCCGUAGGGGGCUGGCUAGGCAGGCCCCAGCUGUCCCUCGUCCCUGUGGCCCCAUUGGGCCCCUGAGCCAACCCCUCCCCAGGCCCAGCUGGCCCCUGUGGCUGCUGUGCCUUAGGCACCAGUCGGGGCACCUGCCCAGCCCCACCUGUGCCUGGGCCGUGGCCCUUCCCCACAGGGCGCUCACCAUGGCCCCGCCGCUCCUGCUGCUGCUGCUGGCCAGUGGAGCGGCCGCCUGCCCGCUGCCCUGCGUGUGCCAGAACCUGUCCGAGUCGCUCAGCACUCUCUGUGCCCACCGGGGCCUGCUCUUCGUGCCGCCCAACGUGGACCGGCGUACGGUGGAGCUGCGACUGGCUGACAACUUCAUCCAGGCCCUGGGGCCGCCUGACUUCCGCAACAUGACGGGUCUGGUGGACCUGACGCUGUCCCGCAAUGCCAUCACCCGCAUCAGCGCCCGCGCCUUCGGGGACCUGGAGAGUCUGCGCUCCCUGCACCUGGAUGGCAACAGGCUGGCCGAGCUGGGCAGCGGCAGCCUCCGUGGCCCCAUCAACCUGCAGCACCUCAUCCUCAGCGGCAACCAGCUGGGCCGCAUCGCGCCCGGCGCCUUUGACGACUUCCUGGACAGCCUCGAGGACCUGGACCUGUCUUACAACAACCUCCGGCAGGUGCCCUGGGCCGGCAUCGGCUCCAUGCCCGCCCUGCACACCCUCAACCUGGACCACAACCUCAUCGACGCGCUGCCGCCCGGCGCCUUCGCCCAGCUAGGCCAGCUCUCCCGCCUCGACCUCACCUCCAACCGCCUCACCACGCUGGCGCCCGACCCACUCUUCUCCCGCGGGCGCGACGCCGAGGCCUCGCCCGCGCCCCUGGUGCUCAGCUUCAGCGGGAACCCUCUGCACUGCAACUGUGAGCUGUUGUGGCUGCGGCGGCUGGCCCGGCCCGACGACCUGGAGACGUGCGCCUCACCGCCCAGCCUAGCUGGCCGCUACUUCUGGGCUGUGCCCGAGGCCGAGUUCUCGUGUGAGCCACCCCUGAUCGCCCGCCAUACACAGCGCCUCUGGGUGCUGGAGGGCCAGCGGGCCAUGCUGCGCUGCCGGGCCCUGGGUGACCCCGCACCCACCAUGCACUGGGUGGGCCCCGACGACCGGCUGGUUGGCAACUCCUCCCGGGCCUGGGCCUUUCCCAAUGGGACCCUGGAGAUUGGGGUGACGGGGGCCGGAGACGCAGGGGGCUAUACCUGCAUUGCUACCAACCCUGCCGGCGAGGCCACAGCCCGAGUUGAGCUCCGCGUGCUGGCCUUGCCCCACGGCGGGAAUGCCAGUGCUGAGGGUGCCCGCCCCGGACCCUCGGACAUUGCAGCCUCCGCCCGCACCGCGGCUGAGGGUGAGGGGACUCUGGAGUCUGAGCCCGCCGUGCAGGUGACAGAGGUGACCGCCACCUCCGGGCUGGUGAGCUGGGGGCCAGGGAGGCCGGCCGAGCCCGUGUGGAUGUUCCAGAUCCAGUACAACAGCAGCGAGGACGAGACCCUCAUCUACCGGAUCGUCCCAGCCUCCAGCCACCACUUUCUGCUGAAGCACCUGGUCCCUGGAGCUGACUAUGACCUCUGCCUGCUGGCCCUGUCGCCUGCUGCUGGGCCCUCUGACCUCACGGCCACCAGGCUCCUGGGCUGUGCCCACUUCUCCACCCUGCCAGCCACGCCCCUGUGCCACGCCCUGCAGGCCCACGUUCUGGGCGGGACCUUGACUGUGGCCGUGGGCGGUGUGCUGGUGGCUGCCUUACUGGUCUUCACCGUGGCCUUGCUGGUUCGGGGUCGGGGGGCUGGGAACGGCCGCCUCCCCCUGAAGCUCAGCCACGUGCAGUCCCAGACCAACGGAGGCCCCAGCCCCACCCCUAAGGCCCACCCACCGCGGAGCCCCCCGCCACGCCCCCAGCGAAGCUGCUCCUUGGACUUGGGAGAUGCCGGGGGCUGCUACGGCUAUGCCCGGCGCCUCGGGGGGGCCUGGGCCCGCAGGAGCCACUCGGUGCAUGGGGGGCUGCUUGGGGCAGGGUGCCGGGGGGUGGGGGGCAGCACAGAGCGGCUGGAGGAGAGUGUGGUGUGAGAACGCCCCGAGGUGUGAGCAGUGUGGGCCGGAAGGCCCACCCUGGGGGUGCACCCCAGUUUUUAUCCUCGGUACCUCAGGCUCCCCUGUGCACUUGGCGGGACAGGGGACCCUUCCACUGCUCUGGCCUCCUAACUGAGCUGAGGGCCCAGGUCCCUCCGACAGGUGCUCACGGCCACCAGGGCAGGGCUUCAGCCACCAAGUGGGCGUCUUGUUUCUAUUUAUAAUAAAAUCAUUGGGGACACCU